AUGCAGAUUCCAUUGCUUCGCCUACAGUGCGGCGUCAACAGCUACGACUGGGGCAAGGUCGGCCACGAGUCGGCAGCAGCACGUUAUGCCGCAACGACAGCGCCCUCGGAUUUCACAAUCGAGGCCGAGAAGCCCUACGCAGAGGUAGGACCGUUUCGUUCUCGUCGCAGACCGGCGAUGUUGGGAUUCAAGCUCGGUGGGCGCAGACAUGCUGACCGGCUUCAACAGCUAUGGAUGGGCACACAUCCUUCCCUGCCUUCCAAGGACCUCGAGACUCAGCGGUCCCUUCUCGAUCUCGUGCAAGACAAUCAGGCUCUGAUGUCGAUCGACAUUACCGAACGAUAUGGGGGCAAGCUUCCUUUCCUGUUCAAGGUCCUCUCCAUCCGCAAGGCCCUGAGCAUCCAAGCCCACCCGAACAAGAAACUGGCCGAGCAGCUCCACCAAAAAGAUCCAAACAACUAUAAAGAUGACAACCACAAACCCGAGAUGACCAUUGCAAUCACCCAGUUUGAGGGUCUUUGCGGUUUCCGUCCCUUGGCCGAGAUCGCUCAUUUCCUCCAGGCUGUUGCACCCCUUCGCAAGCUGGUGGGUUCGGAGGCUGCCAGCAAAUUUGAGAAGACGAUCCGGGACAACGAAGAAUCGAGCGACGAGGAGACGGUACAGAGGAACAAGGAUGCCCUUCGGUCCCUAUUCACAACACUGAUGGAGUCCAAGUCGGAAGACAUUGAGAGCGCCGGUAAAGAUCUUGUCUCUCUGGCAGAGAAUUCGCCGUCCCAGUUCGGUGUCCUUGCAGACAAUGGGGCCACGAACCCCUCCAACCCCGAAGAGCUGGCCAGCAUCAUUUGCCGGCUGAACAGCCAAUUCCCCAAAGACAUUGGAUUAUUUGUCUUCUUCUUCCUCAACUUCAUCAAGUUAUCCCCCGGCGAGGCCAUGUUCCUCAAGGCUGACGAUAUCCAUGCCUACGUCUCCGGAGAUAUCAUUGAGUGCAUGGCCUCGUCUGACAAUGUUGUCCGAGCUGGAUUCACCCCCAAAUUCAAGGACAUUGACACAUUGACGCAGAUGCUCACCUACUCAUACGCACCCAUUGACGAGCAGAAGCUUACUCCCACUGACUAUCCCUACGCCACUCUCAACGCCGCCGCCUACUCAAGUGGCUCAUCCUGCCUUCUUUAUGAUCCGCCAAUUGAGGAGUUCAGUGUGCUGAAGACGGACCUCAAACGACCGGGCGCCAAGGUGACGUUUGAUCCAAUCGAUGGCCCGAGCAUCCUGAUCUGCACAGGCGGCGAAGGCCGAAUCACUGUUGGCAGCAAGACCGAGGACGUUAAAGAGGGUCAUGUCUUCUUCAUUGGAGCCACGGCCGAGUGUGUCAUCGAGAAGACUGGUAGUGGCGAUGGCGAUGAAAACGCGUUCACAACAUACAAGGCGUUCUGUGAGCUUACUGGUAAGGAGGACAUGACCAAUGGAAAUUGA